UGAACUUGUCAAGACCGAGCAGAAAAGACGAAUUCUGUAGCUUUUUUCUGCUCAAUUGCUCAUUUGGCUCAGAAAGAUAUUGGAACCAAGUAGGCCAUGAUAUUGUAGCGUUUGCGAGCGUCGUCUUGCCGACGUGAAUCCAGACUAUCUGGAGAAUUGGUUCUUUUGAGCUGAACUUUGUCGACAAUCCAUCGAUCUUGGCUAUCAACGCAAUGGAAUCAUUGUUUCAUAGGAGCCGUGAAGUUGUAAUUUCUGUAAUCUAUGGUUAUUUUAUCAAGAAACGAAUGACGCUCAGAAGUUCAGGUUUGAUGGCGGCCGCCCCGCAUUUGCUCCAGCCCAUCCUCUCUAUGAUGGGGCGCCAGUGGAAGGACCUCCCAGCCAUGGGUCCCGUAGCCGCCAAGGUGAUGGCCAAGACCUACCACUGUGUUCAGUCCAGCAAAAUGGCAACCUGGCCACCCUUGAGUACGCCGACUAUGGCGCUGUUCAUUGAUGAUAGUUUCUACGGCGAUGAUGACAUUGAGAAUCUCUAA